GGUGCAGUAGACCCUGUCUGAUCUCCACAUGUGUUGGUGUCCCACAGCAGAGGGCCCUGGGGCCCCUGCAGCUGUGAUCGGAGUCUCAGUGUGUGUGGUCCUCGUCCUGGCUGGAGUCGUGGUUUUCUUCCUGUGGAAACGUCGACAGAACAAAAAGGCCCAAAAUGGAGCUGCAGAAGAACAACAAACUUCCCUUGAGGAAAGAGGAGACCCUGCUGUUCUGGAGAACCUGCUGCAGGACAAUGUUGGAGCUCCUGAAGAGAUCAUCAGGAGGAGCUCGGAGAACAUCAGAGGAACCACAGAGAAGAUGGAGUUUGAUGAAGACUUCAGAGAACAUAGAGAGACAGGGGAUGAUGUGAGAGAGGAGAGUCAUGAGUCACAGGCCCAAAAUGGAGCUGCAGAAGAACAACAAACGUUGGAUGGGGCAGAGCUGCGUAAACUCUCAGAUCUGAGGAAGUACUCCUGUGACGUCUCUCUGGACCCAAACUCAGCUCACAGACGCCUGAGGAUGUCUGACCACCAUCGAACUGUGACACUUGUGAAGAUGAAGGAGGAGCAGAAGUAUCCAGAUCAUGAGGACAGGUUCACAGGCUCGUACUAUCAGGUCCUGAGCUGCACUGGCCUGAGGGGGCGCUGUUACUGGGAGGUGAACUGGAGCGGGUGGGUUUGUAUAGCAGCGAGUUACAGAAAGAUCAGACGGAGAGGAAACAGAGAGUGGGUUUGGAAACAAUGAUCACUCCUGGAGUCUGGAGAUCAACAAAGGAAAGUGCUUUGCCCACCACAA